AUGACAAUCAAUAAGAGAUUGCCAAUUUCUCCCUUUAUUUUUCAGGGAAUCAAUCCUGACGUAAGAUAUGAAGUGCAAUAUAGCAGCUAUGUUAAUAUCACAACAGAUGGGUUUAUACUUUUGAAGAAAGCCGUUCGGACUGAUUCCUUUGCUGUGCAGCUGCGGGCAGUGGAUGUGUCUACUGGUGAGGCAGGAACAACUACUCUCUCUGUGAUUGUAGUACCAUCAGUGGGGGACCAGUCGCCCGACGAGGGGUACCGUGCAGGAGACAUGGCUUUGCUGGGCUUUGUAAUGGCUGCGUUACUGGUGCUCUGCCUCAUUGUGAUUGGCUAUCUGAUAUCCCGUGUCAAGAAGGGGAAUCCUGAUGCAUUCAACUCUGAGUGUUUAGGGCCAUGCUUGAAGUUUACUCAGCCUCCUAACAGGCCAAGUCCAAGAGAUAGCAUGCAGUUCACCAAUGAUGGUUUCUUGAAUGAAGGGGACACAGGGAGAUCCAGAUCCAGGCGAGCUGAACUGAGAGAAAGGAGACUGGAUUCAGUUCAAGCAGCGAGGGUGCGAGUGAUACCUCGCGAGAGACAGAGGCACUGCAGCUCCUGUGGACUCCAGACGCAUACCAACCAUUCUCACCAUAGUCCUGCCGUCCAAACCAGAGGAAAGGUGAAUAAGCAUAAAGUAAAAUCCAUUCUGGCUAAAGAGAGGAGGAAGGAUGACGGUCACAAGACCGUUUGGUUCAAGGAGAGCGAGGAUUCUUCCGAUAUCGAGGUGGAGAUCAUCCCUGACACUAUAGGGCUUAAGCCAGAAGAGGACAUGGAGAAAGUCGAAGGGGAUUUUGCGUCCCAUCCACCAGAAGACAGUGAGAUGGAACUGGGGGAGUUGACAAUGCUGAAUUUGCAGGACUUGAGUAGCAGAGAAAUGGCAAUUUCUGAUAGUAGAGAAGGACUGAACACAGAAAGAAGAGAUCAGUGAGGAUCUCAGAAGCUCUUGCCCAGUAAAACUAGAGCUCUUUGCUCAUCAGAGACUGGAAUCGGUUUUAUUUAUUUUUUUAUUUUUCUCUAGUUCAGUUUGGCUGAAAUAAUUUAUAUUUGUGAAAAUAAAACCGGGUUCUGUUCAGACAUAAUUAAUGGCAAAAUACUGACACAUUUAUUCAUAUUGGUGGUAAGUUGUGAAUACAUUAUGAUAUGCAUUUUUCCAUUGUGUGAUAUGCAUGCUAAAUUAAUAUGCAAACAUGUGUUGAUGAAAUGUCUAUAAUUUCAGAAAACAAUGCUUAGAAUUUAAUGUUGGCUUGCUGCAUUAUUUAAUGUCUGCUGUGUCUAUGAAUAAUACAUUGCGAAAUAGAGUAUUUUGUAUAAUAAUGUAAAUUAUGUGGAAAACAUCUAGAAUAAAGCAAAUUUGAA